ACGCACUACUAUAAUAGAACAAGAUCGGCCUGCCCUUUAGGACGCAUUGGUUUAUUCCGAGUCAGAGACAAAAGAUUUCUCAGGCGAAAAAGAAAAGAGAGUGAAAUGGCUUUGGAGGUAUACGAGGAAGCCAUCGCAGGACUUAAGAAGCUUCUGAGUGAGAACGGCGAAUUGGAAGGUGCAGCAGCGGCCAAGGUUAAGAAGCUGAUGACGGAGCUCUCGGGCGCGGCAGCCUCAAAGGCGGGCUUCGACCCGGUUGCCAGGAUUCAGGCCGGGUUCGAGCAUUUCAAGAAGGACAAUUACGAGAAAAAUCCUGCUUUGUACGAGGAACUGUCCAAAACCCAAACUCCAAAGUUUUUGGUAUUUGCUUGCUCUGAUUCGCGAGUAUGCCCUUCGCACAUAUUGAAUUUCCAACCUGGUGAGGCUUUUAUGGUGCGGAACAUUGCUAGCAUGGUUCCACCAUAUGAUCAGAAGAAAUAUUCAGGGAUGGGGGCUGCAAUUGAAUACGCAGUGAUUCAUCUGAAGGUGGAGAAUAUAUUAGUAAUUGGACAUAGCUGUUGUGGAGGGAUAAAGGGCCUCAUGUCCAUCCCUGAUGAUGGGACCACGCAGAGUGAUUUCAUAGAAGAGUGGGUGAACAUCUGUAAGGUGGCUAAGGCGAAGGUGCGGUCCGAAUGUAAAGACUUGGAUUUUGGCGAACAAUGCACUCAUCUGGAGAAGGAGGCAGUGAAUGUUUCUCUGGGGAACCUAUUAACAUAUCCCUUUGUGAGGGAAGCUGUGGUGAAAAAAACUCUGUCGCUUAUGGGAGGCCACUACGACUUUGUCAACUGCGCAUUCGAGCUCUGGAAUCUCGACUUCAACCUUUCCCCUUCUCUCUCACUAUGAGCCAUACCAACAUUAAUUCAUGCUUUUUGUAUAUUACUGGCAUUUCAUCGCCACAGAAUAAGGUCUCUUCACUGUAAAAUGAGGUUACUUUCUACAUUUUUUUUGGUAUUUUCCGUUAUAGAUAUAGCCAAGGUCUCGAAACCUUGCAAGUGUGUGCAUUGAGUGAAGUGACAUGUAUUUGAACAAUACCAACCUUUCCCUUAUUGAAAUGGCCAAAAAGGCAUGUGAAAGUUAA